AUGAGUGCAGCAACAAAGGGUUUGAUUGAAUUUGUAAAUCCAUGUAAUACAAAAUAUAUCUACUUAGAUAAGCUACCAAAGUUUGUUAAAUAGGUUCAUUAACAAAUGAGAGAAAUUGAGGGUAGAUAACCUUUUGGUAAGGGAUUAUACCAUUGUAACAAUUACGAGAAUCUAAUAUAAAAACUGGCCAAUACAAGAUAACAAUAUCGAUAAUCCGUACAAAUAGAAAUUAGAAAAUAAAUUGCAUCAUAAGAAUAUCAAGCAUGGGCAAAUUAUAUUAAGGAUCGCAGCCUCGAAUUACCGGAAUAACAUAAAGUAACUGGAAAAUAGUUAAAUGAAUUGAGGAGAUCAUACGAUGUUUUUAUUGCAAAAGGAGAGAAUGGUCUAAGACCAUCUGAAUUGCUCAAUGUUUUCAAUGAUUACACUAGAGUCAAUUAAUUUACAAUACUGAUGGAUAAUUGGUGUGUGUUGUAAAUGGUGCAUUAUAGCAUGGGAUAUCCAAUGAAUAUGAAUAGAUUAUUAACAUUUGAAGAAAUAGCAACUUUAGUAUAAACAAAAGUUUUAGCAACUUAUGAAAGAUCUCUUGGAUAAGACCUAUUAUUUAGAGAGAUUUGCUCAUACGGUUAUUGGAACUUAUUUGAUCAAAGUAAAGGAUAUAUGAGUAUUAAAGAGUUUAGUAAUUUUGUUAAAAUAUUUAAAUAUAAUGUUGAGCCAACAUUAGGAGGAAUACUUAAAGAGUUUGGAUUUGCAGCAAAUCUAUUUUAGGGUGAAUUUGUAAAGGAAAUAGACCCAAAGGAAGACAUUGUGAGAUUCGAUUUCUUUAGAUAUUUAUUUUUAGAGAGAAAUUUAAUGAUCUGGAGGAAAAUAGAUCCUUAAGGAAAAUAGCCUGGUGACAGGGCAGCACAUUCUUGUGAUUUAAUUAUGGGAAAGCUAUAUAUUUUUGGGGGAUGGAAUGGAAUGAAUGCCCUUGCAGACAUUCACAUUUAUGAUCUGAAUCAAAAUUAAUGGACAGAGUUAUAAACAAAUGGAGAGCUUCCUUCUUAUAGGAACAAUCACACAACAGCAGUUUAUUAAACAAAGUUGUAUGUUCAUGGAGGACAUAAUGGAAAUACAUGGCUAGAUGAUCUUUAUUAUUUAGAGACAAAUGGAUAACACGGAUAAGCUAGUUGGUACAAGGUACAUCCACAAGGUUAGAUACCUACUGCUAGAGCUUGUCAUUCUUUGAAUAUAGUUUCUAAAAAACUUUACCUGUUUGGAGGUUACGAUGGUUAAGAAUGCUUUAAUGAGAUAGAAAUAUAUGACAUUUAAGAAAAUAGAUGGAUUUAACCAAGUGUGAUCGGAACAAUACCUACUGCUAGAAAUGCGCAUACAAUGACCAGAUAUAAGGAAAAUUUAUAUUUGUUUGGUGGCCAUUCUGGAGCACAACAUUUGUAGGAUCUUCAUGUGUUCAACACUUAUAAAUUGGAAUGGACUUAAGUUGUUACUAAAGGAACUUUACCUAAGGGAUUAAGAGGACAUACAGCCAAUUUAAUUUAAAAUAAUAUCUAUGUAUUCGGUGGGUAUGAUGGUUCAGGCAGAUCAAAUGAUCUUUUUAUAUUUAAUUUUUUAACAUAUUAGUGGGUGAUUCCGAAUCAUCAUGGAACUGGAACUUAUUUAUAAAUGGAGGAAGUAGCAUUGUCAUAGAUACCCUAACCUAGACAGAGACAUUCAGCAACUGCCACAGAAAAUGACCUGAUAUAUAUCUUCGGUGGAUUUGAUGGUAACAAAUGGUUGAAUGAUCUCUACGUUUUGGAUGUGGGGUUGCUCGAAAAUCGAACUAUAUAAGAAGAAAAUUAUUAAAGAGUCAUUUCAAACAUUCAUAAGAAUUUAUUUAAUAACCAAGAACUUAGUGACAUUGCAUUUGAAAUUGGUAAUUAGAAGAUUUAUGCUCAUAAAAUUUAUUUGGCUGCUCAAUCUCCUCAGUUCAAAGCUCUCUUUUUCUCUGAUACGAAAGAAAGCGAUUAACGUAUAUUUAUAGUAGAAAAUUACACUUAUAAAUCCUUCUAUAUUUUUCUACUUUUUGUUUACACUGGAUUUAUUAAUGUGGCUGAAUUGGAUAUUGAAUUAAUGGGCGAGAUUUUAAGUUUGGCUGAUCAAUAUUUAAUUGAUGGCCUUAAAAAUCUUAUGCAAAAAAGUAUUAAAAAGUACUUAAAUAAUGAAACAGUCUGCGAUCUAUUAAUAUUUGCAUAAAAAUGCUCAGCUCAUUCACUCAAAAAUGCUUGCAUGAAUCAUUUGCUCAAGAAUAUUUCUAUUAUAUCUGAAACUCCAAAAUAUGAAAAACUAGAAUUGCAACCAUCCUUACUUACUGAAAUAACAAGAGCAUUACUAUAACAUAAAGAAUGA